ACACGUUCGCCAUUUCCCACAGAUCUCAAGGGCUUUUCUGUCCAAAUAUUUUGGUGAUACCCGAAAGGCGUUCCUUCGGCUUCAAUUACUUUGAUUCCAUCUCUGUGCCUUUGAGGGAAGGGGUAUAUUCCCUGAUUCCAUUCUCUGCUUCUUAACGCACAACUCUCCACCCAUUUCUCAGAUUUUUACCAACUUUCAGCUUGUUGCUUACACCAUUAGUUGGAGACUCAUUUAAGGCCCAUGAACUGUGAUGGGAGUUUGUGAAUGGCUGUUGCAACUGGUUUGUGUUCAUAAUACUGGAGGUGAUGAUGAUGGGGGCAUAGCAGUUAACCAUUUUCAAUCAUGCAUCUAAAUGGCUUUCUCUUCAUUUUCUUGAUCAUGAAAUUCAAAAAGUGACUGCAACAUGGACUAGGUUCAAUCAAUGUCUUCAAGGGCCACAUUAGCUUGUUAUCAGUUGGUGUGGACUAAUUUCUUAACAGGAUUUUGGACAAUCUAGCUCUUGAAGUCACCUGGUGAAAAGGCAUAAUCAUUGUUAGCUUAAGUGGCAAGAAGCAAGGAGUCAGCACUGGGAUUUAAGUUAUUAUUUUGUCAAGGUUAGAGAGUAUAUAUUAUUGAGAAAAAUAUAGAUUAAUGGAGGGUUUAGUUCCACCUCCUGGCCAAAAGCAGAAUCAUCAUACAGCUGCUCGCAAAAUUGUAUCAAGUGCAUCUCUGACAGAUCUGUGGCUGCUUGUGCGUGAAGGGUCCUUGGCUGAUGUAGAUUUGGCACUGGUGCAACUGAAGAAGAAUGGAGGUAAUAUCAAUUCAAGGAACAGCUUUGGCCUUACACCUCUUCAUAUUGCGACAUGGAGAAACCACAUUCCCAUUGUUAGGAGGCUACUUGCAGCUGGUGCAGACCCUGAUGCCAGGGAUGGAGAAUCGGGAUGGAGUAGCCUUCAUAGGGCUCUGCAUUUUGGUCACCUUGCUGUGGCAAGUAUUCUUCUUCAGUCUGGUGCAUCUAUUACAUUAGAAGACUCUAGAUCCAGAAUACCGGUGGAUCUCGUUUCUGGGCCUGUGUUUCAGGUUGUUGGCAGUGAACGUGAUUCAGUUGCCACGGAGUUAUUUAGUUGGGGAAGUGGUGUGAACUAUCAACUUGGAACUGGGAACACUCACAUACAAAAGCUACCAUGCAAAGUUGAUUCACUUCAUGGCACUUUCAUUAAAUCGGUUUCUGCCGCAAAGUUCCAUAGUGUUGCAGUCAGUGCUCGUGGAGAAGUCUAUACUUGGGGUUUUGGGAGAGGGGGCCGUCUUGGGCACCCUGAAUUUGAUAUCCACAGUGGUCAAGCUGCAGUUAUCACUCCCCGCCAGGUGACUAUGGGUUUAGGUUCACGCCGGGUAAAGGCAAUUGCAGCAGCUAAACAUCACACUGUUGUUGCAACAGAGGGUGGGGAAGUGUUCACUUGGGGAUCCAAUAGAGAGGGUCAGCUUGGAUACACUUCUGUGGAUACGCAGCCCAUACCUCGACGAGUGAGUUCCCUGAAGUCAAAAAUUGUUGCUGUUGCUGCUGCAAACAAGCACACUGCUGUAAUUUCUGAGUCCGGUGAAGUUUUUACAUGGGGCUGCAAUAAGAAGGGUCAGCUUGGUUAUGGCACCUCUAACUCAGCUUCCAAUUACACUCCAAGAGUGGUUGAAUACUUGAAGGGAAAGGUUCUCAAAGGAGUUGCAGCUGCAAAAUAUCAUACAAUUGUUUUAGGAGCUGAUGGAGAGAUAUUCACUUGGGGUCACCGACUUGUUACUCCAAGACGGGUUGUCAUUGUUAGAAAUUUAAAGAAAAAUGGAAGCACUCCCUUGAAGUUUCACCAGCGGCUUCAUGUGGUUUCCAUAGCUGCAGGGAUGGUCCAUAGCAUGGCUCUUACAGAAGAUGGCGCGAUAUUUUAUUGGGUUUCAUCCGAUCCUGAUCUAAGAUGCCAGCAGGUAUAUUCUCUGUGUGGAAGAACUGUAUCCAGCAUUUCUGCAGGAAAGUACUGGAUUGCUGCAGUCACAGCUACAGGUGAUGUUUAUAUGUGGGAUGGGAAGAAAGAUAAGGAUAAGACACCUGUUGCAACAAGGUUACAUGGUGUAAAGAGGUCUACCUCGGUUUCAGUUGGUGAAACACAUCUUUUGAUUGUUGGUUCUCUCUAUCAUCCUGCCUAUCCUCCCAGUGUGGCCAAGAACCCUCAGAAAGUAAAACCAAAGGUUGGGGACGAAUUAGAAGAAUUAGAUGAAGAUUUUAUGUUUAAUGAUAUGGAGUCUGAUGGAGUCCUAUCUACUGUACAAAAGGAUGAUGCUGGGAAUAGGACCAUACCAAGCUUAAAAAGCCUUUGUGAAAAGGUAGCAGCAGAGUGUCUGGUUGAGCCCCGAAAUGCUGUACAAAUGCUUGAAAUUGCAGAUUCACUGGGAGCAGAUGAUCUGAAGAAGCACUGUGAGGACAUUGCUAUUCGCAACCUGGACUAUAUUUUUACAGUCUCAGCACAUGCUAUUGCAAGUGCAUCACCUGAUGUUCUUGCUAAUCUUGAGAAAUUGUUGGAUUUGAGGUCAUCUGAACCGUGGAGUUAUCGGAGACUCCCAACCCCAACUGCUACUUUUCCUGCUAUUAUUGAUAGUGAAGAGGAGGAUAGUAAGAGUGACUUACUAAGAACUCGUGACAACCACUCAAAGAAACCUGCCUCAAGGGAAGAAAGAGAUCAGAGAUUAGACUGCUUUUUACAACCCAAAGAUGAUCCCAAUCAAGGCACUUUCAAACUUGUUCGAGCUUUAUGGAAAAAGUUGCAGCAGAUUGAGAUGCUUGAAGCAAAGCAAUCCAAUGGGCAUCUUCUCGAUAACCAGCAGAUUGCAAAGCUUCAAACAAAGUCGGCUCUUGAGAUCUCACUUGUUGAACUUGGUGUUCCGUUUGAGAUAAUACAGGCAAAAGCAUCAUCUUCAGUUUUACCAGAUGGAAAAGGGAAUAGAAAGGUGGAGGUAUCAAGAAAACAGAGGAGAAAGAGCAAGCAAGUGGUAGCACAAGUUGAAGCUGUGUCUGUUAAUUGUGGGACUGAUUUAGAAGCCAAUCCUGUAAGGGGUUUCGAUGCUGAAAUCCCACAAGGUUCAGAUCAUAAGUGGGAUGCAGAUUUCCAAGUUCUGACAGAAAAUUGUGUUUCUGAGGAGGGGGAUGCAGAGUUUGAAGGAACUCCGACCAACCAAGUCACUAAGGAGUCCCCUUUCUGCAUACAGAAGAAAGAAAUCUUAGAAUUGCCAAAAUGUAAGAGUUCAACAGCGUUGAAGAAGAAGAACAAGAAGGGUGGGCUUUCUAUGUUUCUGAGUGGUGCUCUUGAUGAUGCUCCUAAAGAUGCUGCUCCUCCACCAACACCCAAAAGUGAAGGCCCUGCAUGGGGAGGUGCAAAAAUUUCCAAGGGACCCACAUCACUUCGUGAAAUCCUGGAUGAGCAGAGCAAAACAAAGGAGAGUCAGCCAACUAGUGGUAAAGAUCAGGUGGAAUACCUUUCUGAUGAUAGAAGCAGUGGGAAGGUCAAAUUGAGUUCAUUUUUACCCUCCAAUCCUAUACCUGUGGUCUCUGCUUGCACACCACAGGUGUCCGAUGGAGAAAAAUGUACACCUCCUUGGGUGUCUUCUGGGACACCACCCUCUCUUUCAAGACCAUCUCUUAGGCACAUCCAAAUGCAGCAGGGUAAAAAACUGCAGACUCUUUCCCACAGCCCAAAGGUAAAAACAGCUGGAUUCUCAAUUGCCACAGGUCAGGGCUCACCAUCAGACUCCACUGGGCCAAACCGCUGGUUCAAACCGGAGGUUGAUACACCCUCAUCAAUCCGUUCGAUUCAGAUUGAGGAAAAGGCAAUGAAGGACCUCAAGCGCUUCUACAGCAGUGUUAAGGUUGUCAAAGACCAUUCUUAGGAAGGCCAUGUGAUAUUGCAUUUUCAGGUAGCGAUUGAGGCUCUCUUCUUUUUUCGUUUUGUUUCAGUCAACUUCUGUAAAUUGACUGUACAGAUGAUAAUUGUACAUUCAGCUCUUUCUAAUUUAUAGGGUAGUUGUCCUUUACUUCAUCUUCUUCUUGCAUCCCUUCUGCGAUGUUUAAAAGAAGUAGGGAUUUUAAGGUUAAUAGAUCUGUUAGCCUGUAGGACUUCACAUGUGAACUUGUAAUUUCUUUAUAAGUUGCAGUCUGCGGUCUCUGGUUUUGAGACAUGAACAGUUUAUGAACCUAGCUCGUCAGCAACAUCAUAAAUAACCAUUUUAUUCUUUUUAAGCA